AUGGGGGCAACGGAUUUAAUGGUUGGCAUGUUGGUACAACCCUUGUUCGUGGUGUCAGAAAUCAAGCACUUGAACGGUUUCGCACCGUUUUGCGCGCUCGACACUGUAGUUUCGGUGACUUCUUAUGGAUUUUGCCUCGCGUCGGUUGGCCAUCUCGUCUUAAUCAGCGUUGAACGCUACGUCUUCAUAAAGCUGCCCCUCAGAUACGAAGAAAUUGCCACGGAGAACAGAAUGAUAGUUGGUGUUCUAACGGUCUGGGUCGUGUCAGCAUCGUUUUCAAUGACGAUGAUAAUGAUGGCCUCUACGAAUGAGUUAGCAGAGAACCAGCCGUUACUAACCAUCUUCGAACUGCUAACAGCCUUUAUCGUUUUUGUUUACAUUGCUGUCAUUGUAUACACUUGUGUGGUAGUCUUACUGGAGUCCCAAAGGCAAAAGCGCCGUAUGCAGACCCACCAGUUGUCCGCGGAGGAGACCCAACAACUCCGGAAGAAUAACAAGGCAGCUUAUACCUUUACAAUCAUUGUAAUAGGGCUAUUGUUCUCGUACAUGCUCACACUUGUGCUUAAUAUAUACGCAGCUAUAUCAAAUGAUUGGGUGGAGCCUCACUUAUUGUACGUUAUUUCAUCAUGGUCCUUCACUUCUGUUUUGCUAGGCUCGCUUCUUAACCCCCUGAUUUACUGCUGGCGAAUUGCAACACUUCGCCGUGCGUUUCUCGACUUCAUGCAAAUUGGCACG